UUAAUGUGGCAUGGUAGAAUUAAGAAGUUUAAUUUUGAACGCAGUAGUAGAAUUCUGACCUGAUUGUUAGUGUGGCAACACCGUCAAAGUCCAUUUGACCAAUACGCAGCUAUUUAUCGAAAAAUAUUGUUCCUGAAUUUAUAUGAAUUUUGAUAUUCUAUAUUGUAGUGUUCGUGUUAGUGUCGUCAUCAUAUCGACGUGAUUCCGUCCUAUUGUGUUAGUGUCGAAGCGCGAUGUCGGGUCGCGCGGGCGCGCGGUGAAAGUGCAGUGCGAGUGUGGACGCGAAGGAGUGUUACUUGUGUCGGGAGAACAGCAUCAGCAUGGGCGUGGGUCUGGUGCCGCUGGAGUUCACGGAGUGCCUGGCGGACAGCCCGCACUUCCGCGAGAACCUGCUGCGCCACGAGAAGGAGCUGGACCGGACCUCGCAGCAGGUCAAGCGCCUCAUCAAGGAGGUCAAGGAUGUGGUCCAUGCCGCCAAGCGACUGGGCGCGGCCCAGCUGGCGUUGGCGGGCAGCAUGGAAAACUUCGAGUUCGCGUGCAUCGGCGCCUCCAUGACGGAGGACGAGCGCGUCAUCUCGCACUCCCUCCACCACUUCGCCAAGCUCAUGCGGACCAUCGAGGACGAGCGCGAGCGCAUGCUGGGGCGUGCGCACGAGCAGAUCAUCGCGCCGCUGGAGAGGUUCCGGAAGGAGCACAUCGGCGCCGUCAAGGAGGGCAAAAAGAAGUUCGACAAGAAGACUGCCAAGUUCUGCCAGAGCCAGGAGCGGACGCUCUCGCUCUCCACCAAGAAGCAGGAUAACGUCUUCCAAGAGGCCGACGCGGCGAUGGACAUGGCGGAGCGCGACUUCUGCCAAGCCUCGCUGGAGUACGUGUUCCAGCUGCAAGCCGUCCGCGAGCGGGAGAAGUUCGAGCUGGUGGAGACGCUGCUCGGCUUCGUGUUCUCCUGGUGGACCUUCCACCACACGGCUCACGACGUGCACCACGACGCCGAGCCGCUGGUGCGCGACCUGCAGCUGCGGAUCCAGCGGACGCGGACCAACUUCGAGGAGACGAGCAAGCAGACCGAGUCGCUCAUGAAGAAGAUGAUGGAGGUCCGGCAAAUGAAUAAAGAAGUGGAAGCGGAGGAGCCGGGCGAGGCCGCGGAGGCGGCGGCGGGGGCGGGGGGCGGCGUGUCGCGCGCCGGGUACCUCUACCUCAUGGAGAAGAAGGCGUUCGGCACGGCGUGGAGCAAGCACUACUGCACGUACGAGAAACAUUCGCGCACGUUACGAUUGCUUCCCUACUCGCAAAUCAACCCGAAAACUACGGCACCGGCCGAGAGCGUGUGCGUGUGCGGCGCGCGGCGCGCGGCCGACACGGAGCGGCGCUUCUGCUGGGACGCGCUGCCGGCCGACCGCGAGCGGCCGCCGCUCACGCUGCAAGCUCUGUCCGAGCGAGACCGGACCGCGUGGCUGCGGGCGCUCAGUCCACAGGUAUGGGAUACACCCCCACACGGAGCGGCGCUUCUGCUGGGACGCGCUGCCGGCCGACCGCGAGCGGCCGCCGCUCACGCUGCAAGCUCUGUCCGAGCGAGACCGGACCGCGUGGCUGCGGGCGCUCAGUCCACAGGUAUGGGAUACACCCCCACACGGAGCGGCGCUUCUGCUGGGACGCGCUGCCGGCCGACCGCGAGCGGCCGCCGCUCACGCUGCAAGCUCUGUCCGAGCGAGACCGGACCGCGUGGCUGCGGGCGCUCAGUCCACAGGUAUGGGAUACACCCCCACACGGAGCGGCGCUUCUGCUGGGACGCGCUGCCGGCCGACCGCGAGCGGCCGCCGCUCACGCUGCAAGCUCUGUCCGAGCGAGACCGGACCGCGUGGCUGCGGGCGCUCAGUCCACAGAGCGGCGCGGCGGAGCUGGGGCUGGGCGCGGCGCGCGGCGCGGGCGCGGAGGCGGGCGCGCACGCGCAGCUGGACGACGCGGGCUUCGCCUUCGUGCGCCGCCUGGUGCAGGCGCUCGAGGAGCGCGGCCUCGAGGAGCAGGGCCUCUACAGGGUGGCAGGCGUGGCGUCCAAGGUGUCGCGCCUGGUGUCGUGCGCGGGCACGGGGCGGGCGCCCGCCGCGCUGGCGGACCCGCUGGAGUGGGAGAGCAAGACGCUGACGUCGGCGCUGAAGAGCUACCUGCGCGCGCUGCCCGAGCCGCUGGCCACGCACGCGCUGCACGAGCGCUUCCUCGCCGCCGCCAAGCUGGAGUCGCGGCCCGAGCGCGUCGCCGCCGUCGCCGCGCUCGUCGCGCAGCUGCCGCUCCGGAACAGGGACAUGCUGCGGCUGGUCGUCGACCACUUGAGACGAGUGGCGGCGCGCUCGGAGCGCAACCUGAUGACGGCGUCCAACCUGGCCGUGUGCUUCGGGCCCACGCUGCUGCGCGCGCCGCGCGAGUCCGUGGCCGCCAUCCUCGACCUCAAGUUCUACAACGUGCUGGUGGAGACGCUGCUCGACCACGCGGACCUGAUCUUUGCGCAGUCCCCGCAGGGCCCUAACGUACAGCAGGCGACGCCGGCGCAGAAUGGCCUCCGGGCUUCCCCCGCGCCACUGUCCUCCGCCCUCCUGCGCGCCGCUGACUGUGCGGCACGAGAUCGAGCAGCAGCUCCGCGGAGUCGGUGUCGAGCAGCAGCGCCUCCCCCCCUCCCCCCGGCGCGCUGGCCGCCCCCCUGCCCCCGCCGCCCCUGGCCGCCGCCGCCGCCGCGCCGCUCCACGCGCGCCUCUACACGCACCCCUACAGGUGAACACCGCCCGCACCCCGCCAAACGCGUGCGCACCCUGUACGCGUGCCUGGGCGAGAGCGAGGGCGAGCUGUCGUUCGAGCCCAACCAGAUCAUCACCAACGUGAGCGCCAGCGCCGAGCCGGGCUGGCUGCGUGGCACGCUCAACGGCAAGAGCGGCCUCGUGCCCGAGAACUACGUGGAGCCGCUGCCCUGA